AUGCAGCAGCCCCCGCCGCAAUCGUUGAUAGGGCCCGCUUCGCAACCCUCGAGGCAAUCAAGCACACAGGUCCAGCAGCCCACCAUCGCUGUAACAGAGGCUGAUAGGAUAGCAUGGAUGCGACGGUUUCUUGCAGCAUUGGAGCUGUGGCGGAAAUGCCUGGACUCAGCUGCCCCAAGCGGCUCAAGGCUUCAGGCAGGCUCGGCAAGAUCACCCGACGAGGUGCUUGCACAGAAUGCAAAAGCCGAUCCACCCUGGAAGCGACAGCGAGUGGAAGCAAGCACAGGAGGUGCAGAAGAGGAGAAGGCGAUCCGGCGAGAAGUCACAGAAGUCAGCUGA